CACACACACACACACAAAUACAUAUAUAUUCUCAUAAGCAAUAACGAUCGCUUGAAAAAGGGUGGUCGUAUUAUUUCAGGCGAAAGCAUUUACAUCAGCGAUGGCAGAACAGCCAACGCCGCCGGAAACCGAGUGCAGCGGCGGCGCUUUCUCUUCUCUCUCAUCUCAAUCAUCCGGGUCGGACCAAACCGACAGCCCGGUACCGAAACCGAACACAAACACCCAGGCCAAGAGAAGUAGGGAAAGCGGGUCCGGGUCGGACAGUGAGAAAACGGUCGGCAACAAACGAAACCGGAGCGAUGACGACGGCGGCAAGCACACCGUGUACAGAGGCGUGAGAAUGCGGGCCUGGGGGAAAUGGGUUUCCGAAAUCCGGGAGCCCCGGAAAAAAUCCCGGAUCUGGCUCGGCACCUUCGCCACGGCGGAGAUGGCUGCCCGUGCCCACGACGUCGCCGCCAUAGCCAUCAAGGGAGGCUCCGCCGCCAUCCUCAACUUCCCGGAAAUUUCGCAUCUCCUCCCCCGACCUGCCACGUGCUCCCCACGUGACGUCCAGGCUGCCGCCACCAAGGCCGCCCACAUGGACCACCUCGACCACCACCGCCGCCUUGAUUCGCCGUCGCCGUCGGCAGUUUCCACCACCACCACCACUACAACCACAUCAUCAACCUCGGAGGAGUAUGUUUCCAGGGAGCCGGGGGACGAGCUGGGCGAGAUAGUGCAGCUACCGAGUCUAGACGCGAGUUACGAGUCGACUCGGUGCGGAGAUGAUUUACUCCUGUUGGGGCAGGAUUAUUCGUGGGAUUAUUACUACAAUCACUCGUCUGCUUCUUCGUACAGUUUAGAAGAAGAGUGUGGGUUUUUCUUCCAGGAUAACUUGGUGGUUGACGAGGAUAACACCAUGUCUCCCAAUUUUGAAGCCCUCUUAUGGAAAAAUCAAUAUUGCUGAUUUAUUAAAACAAAAUAUAUUAUAAACAAAAAGAAAAAAAAAAAAAAAUCACCUCAAUAUUGAUGGUAAGUUUUUUCUUUACUUUUUUUUUUUACCGUUUCAUGAUCUAUGCUACCCUCGUAUUUUACACACAUCCACGUAUAUAUCUGUGUGAUUCUGUGUAAACCAAAGGUGAAAACAGUGUAAUUCAUCGAGUGCAGCAUCGUUUAUUUACUCCGCUUUUUAUUUAUUUAUUUUUGCUUGAUA